AGUCAAUUUAGAGUAACCUCCCUUCCAGGAAGAAGAACUGUUGAAAUUGAUAUUUUUGGUAAACAAAAGACGACGGAGAUAUUUGCGUUGUUUAAACCAUAAAGAUGUCAGAGACAGCCGGUACAAACAAUACAGGAUCUAGUGACAGGAGAAGCCAUGUGAUGGUAGGCGAAUUGCCGAGUGAUUUUCUCCGAGUUAAUGGAACACCCCAGCAGCAACAAUGUAUGGCUGAUGAAAGAGUUGCACAGAUUCUCCAGGCUCAGCAACAAGCGGGCUAUUAUUCAAUGCCUGCAAAUAUAAAAGGAAGAAUUAACAUCAGUGUUGUACAGGCAAAACUUAUAAAAAACUAUGGUCUCACCCGUAUGGAUCCAUACUGUAGGAUUAGAGUGGGCCAUACUGUAUUCGAGACACCGACAGCCUACAAUGGUGGCAAAAAUCCACAAUGGUGCAAGGAUGUGCAGUGUUAUCUUCCCAGUGGUGUUGAAAAUAUGUAUGUCGAAAUUUUUGAUGAGAAAUCUUUCACUGCUGAUGACCGUGUAGCAUGGGCAUAUGUCAACAUACCACACGCAGCUCUGAAUGGGGAGACAGUUGAUGAAUGGUUCCCACUCAGCGGUAAACAAGGUGACGAGAAAGAAGGAACAUUAAAUCUUGUCAUAACUUUUACACCAGUAGAAAAUCUGCCGCCGGCUGUGAUGCAGACACCUAUGGUCUUCCCACAAGUACAGCCCUACCCAGGAGUUGUGAUGCCAGGCGUUGUGUACCCACCUCAGCAACAAAUGGCAGUGCAGCAGAGACAGCCGGGCUUCACAGAGGAAGAUUUCAAACAGGUCAAGGACAUGUUUCCAAAUAUGGAUGAUGACAUCAUUCGAUCUGUUUUUGUUGCAAAUAGUGGAAAUAAAGACUCUACGAUAAAUGCUUUAUUGCAAAUGAGUGCAGACUGAUGAAAUAGUGAUUUGGAACAAACUGUCAUUAUUAAAGUGUAUCUAUCAGGCUAGCAGGUUUUAUUCAUGAAAUAUUUCAUAAGAAAUCUAAGUGUCUCUGAUCCAUCUGUACAUCCAGAUUAUAAACAGUCAGUUUACAAGAAACAAAUUAGGUCUUCCCAGAAAUGUUUACAAAGGUUACAUUAUAUAAACAGAACUAGGAAAUCUUAAAGAUAAUUGAACACUUCGAAGUUUGUAUUAAUUAAGGUUCUAGGUGAACGUUAUAGUGUUUCUUGAAUUAUGAUACCUCUUAAGUUGGAUCGCAACUUUUGACUCUUAUAUCACUGUUUUCUUUUACAUGACAGCUAGAAAAAAUCACUACUCGAAUUGAAAUUUUAAGAAAAAAUAUAAAAUAUUACAUACCUCGUGCUAAAUUUGAUCUGAAAAUGAUAACAGCUACAUUAAAAUGAAAUAAAAUCUGCUGCCCAGAUAUGUCAAAUUUUUGUAAUUAUCUUCUAUACUGUGAAGGAGAAAAGUGAAAAAUAUGCAUACUUUUACAUGUAUAUAUAAUUGUUAUUGUUAUUAUUUUAAAAAUGAAAUAUAUUUUAAGCUUUCUUGCAAUUAGGCAUAUGGGAUGCUUUUCUUCAGACUAUUCUUUUAUGUUACGCAGCUCUUUGCAAUGAAAAUAAUUUAGCAACAUUUUUUUGCCAUCAUUUGCAUAUUAUUACAUUUAUUAUUUUAUAGUCUAUCAUUGUUUCUUGGCUUUUAUGCCUUUUGACGAAUGGAUAUGAGUUGAAUCAAGGGACAGGGGUAAGAUAAUUCAAUGGGCUUAGAAAGUAGAUAAUGAAAUGAUAUUUAAAGAUUUCUCCAUUAAUUUAAAACAUUGAAUAUCGAAAUUUCAGUGUAAGACAGGAAGGAUCAUAGUAUUUUAUUUAUUAUGCUGUUUGAAAUAAUAAAACAGUGUACAUGUAUGGGGUUUUAAAGCAAUUUUAUUUUUGGUAAAAACAGAAGCCUCUAAUUUAUUAAACUUUAUAUUUAGUAUGAAAUUAUUUACAUGUAAAUUUUACUACCAGUAGGUAUACCAUAAUAGUACAAAAAAACCCCAAAUAAUCAGUAAAUUAAUCAAUUGCUUUUUUUAACAGUCGACCCCAUGUCUGCAAGCAUUCCAAAGAAAUAAAAGUAGUAUGCUUUUGAAAUACAUUGUUCAAAUAUGUAGUACCAGUUUUCACCAGAUUAUGUUAUUUCUACCAGGAAUGCAUUUUACAUUAAAUGAUGUCAGUAAGAAUUUCAAGUUUUUCAGCCAAACUGAGCAGGUAGCUAUAAAUUAAUAUCAUUUUCACUAUAGGUUAUAAAUCAGUUUUAAGUUUUGCAGUAACAAAGCACUGAGAAGUGAAAGCAAGAAUGUAAUUUAUUAUAAGGUCAAUUGGUGAUCUAUAACCUAUUCUGAUAUGGCUAACAAUGCUUUAAUCAUCAUUCAUCACAACAAUGUUAUGUUGACGUCACAUCAACGUGAUAUUUAGCGCCAUGUACGCAUCAAGAAAUAGCGCUUUCAAAUUUCAUGAAAUAUUUUACUUAAUAAAAUGUUUUUAACGAAAUGUCACAUUGCACAAAUGUUUUGAUUAAUUUAUACACAUACUGAAUUAGUUAUUCUCUUUGCUGAAUAAUUCGCAAUAAUUUUCGCUUGAACAGAAUUCUGUCGCAAGACGUAUUACCGUUUCCGGUCCUGGUGUGUUUUAACAAAUACCUACUAUUGGCGCCAUGCUUGCGCGAAGAAACAGUUCAAUCAUAUUUGAUAUAAAUUUUACAAUAAAGAACAUAUUAGAAUCGAAAUAAUUUAUAGCAAAACAGUGCUUUAUCACUAUUUAUACACUCGGGCGGUUAUACGUCGUCCAAAAUAAUUUCACUCGGGCUGCGCCCUCGUGAAAUUAUUACGCCCAGCAUAUAACCGCCCAUCGUGUAUGAAUAGUGAUAAAGCACUGUUUUGCUAUAAAUUAUUUCUUAAUUAAUACUUUAAGAAGGAAAACUACAGGAACAAUUAGCACAAUCCAUAUUUGCCAACUAAAUGAUCUUCUUAAUGGAUUGACUUAAUAGGUACUAUGUUACCUGACAUUAUAAACCAAUAAGUGAAUCGAAAAUUUGGAAAUCACUGGUUGCUGAUUGAAUGUUUAUACUAGUUGAAUUAUAAACAUGAUAAUAGGAUGCUUUGGUGAUGGACAACAAAGUUUCAGGUUUUAUUCUGUACACAGAAUACCUUUGACAUUGGAGUCAGUGAUUGUGUACAGGAAAAAAAUGUGAAAAAAUUUAAGAUUUCAAACUUAUAUACAUUUCAUUUGGAUUCUCUUCUGGAGUAUAUACAUUUCAUUUGGAUUCUCUUCUGGAAUAUAUACAUUUCAUUUGGAUUCUCUUCUGGAGUAUAUGCCCGCCCGCUUAGCUCAAUAGGUAAGAGCGUUGGUCUACGGAUCUCGCGGUCGCGAGUUCGAUCCUCGGGCGGGGUGUAUAUUCUCCGUGACUAUUUGAUAAACAACAUUGUGUCUGAUAUCAUUAGUCCUCCACCUCUGAUUCAUGUGGGGAAGUUGGCAGUUACUUGCGGAGAACAGGUUUGUACUGGUACAGAAUCCAGGAACACAUGGUUAGGUUAACUGCCCGCCGUACAUGACUGAAAUACUGUUUAAAAACGGCGUUAAACCCAAAUCAAAGAAACAAACAAAUCUUCUGGAGUAUAUACAUUUCAUUUGGAUUCUCUUCUAGAGAGCAGAAGUGUUUCUGAAAUGUAUUUCAUUUUAAUUGGUUAAACUUGUAACAGAGUAAAAAAUACAGUGAAUAUUUUAAAUUGUUCUCAGAACAAACACUGAACUCUUGUAACAGACUCCUUACAAAUGUUGGUUUUAGGAUCUAAUUCUAAAACUUUAAGCAGAUAUUUUGAUUUGUUUUAUUUCAUCUUAUUUAAUAAAGCUAAACUCCUUUA